GGCGAGGACUCGCAGCCAAGUGUGGUUCACAUAAGGGUGAAAGUUCCAGCGUAGAGGAAGACUGAAGUUGAAAGGCGGCGUAACUGACAUCACUUCCGUGCCUGUCUCCACAGAGGACUGCUGCUUGAAACAUGGGUUGUCUGUCGUCUAAAGAAAAGUCAGUUCCGUGGAAGACUGACUUCGCGAAGGAAUGUCUGCAAAAGCACAACGAGUUCCGCUCCCGACAUGGCGCCCCGCCCAUGGUGCUGAACAAGGAAGCGUGUGAGCAUGCGCAGAAGUGGGCCGACCACCUGGUGAAGACCGGCAAGUUUGAACACAGUCAGGACAGGAGCGGAGACUUGGGGGAAAACAUCGCUAACCAGUGGAGCUCGGAUCCUAACGCAGAACAUUCGGCCGAAUCUUUCGUCCAGCAGUGGUACGACGAAGUCAGUAAAUAUGAUUUCAGCGGGAACAACUUCCAACCAGGCGCAGGUCACUUCUCGCAGGUGGUGUGGAAGGCGAGUACGGAGCUGGGUGUGGGGAUGGCGGCGGACGGGAAGGGCGCCGUCACCGUGGUGGCCAACUACAUGCCUGCCGGGAACGUGCAGGGGCAGUUCAGGGACAACGUGCAAGCCGCCAACCAGAUAUAGACACACCACCGGGCACCGUGGAGUUGUAACAUAAUUACAAUGAUAAAAGUAAAUAAAACUAGAAAGAUAACAUUUGCAAAGCAAAUGCAUAAUGUUUACCUUCGCAUAUGGUCUGCUCUGUUAAUUCUCACUCAAACAC